AUGCUGUUCACAACAACCCCGGUGCUCCACCGCGUCAUGACUGCCAAUGCCAGCCCCAGAGUCACGCUCGUCGUUGGCAUGGUCCUGGGGUCAACCCUUCUCGCCCUUGUAAUUUACCACGUAAAGACAGAUGAAAUGCUCUUACACUCUAUCUCCUUUGUUAGCUCCGUGACCGUCAUCGGAAUUUCUACCAUGCGAAUGAUCAACACUCGCACACUGGCGGGCUCGGAGGCUCGAAGGCAGAUCUGGGGGAUGGUACGGUUUGGCGCUGUUAUAUUCAACCUGGGGUACUGGCUCUGGCUGGUUGAUGUGUGGAUGUGCUCCUACCUGAAAAGCAUCAGACAGACUGUGGGUCUUCCCUGGGCUUUUUUGUUGGAGCUUCAUGGAUGGUGGCAUAUCUGCACUGGAAUUGGCGCCUAUAUCUUCAUCGCAGUGAUUGAUCAUCUUGUAUCAGGGGACGAUCACAAAGAUAUCCCCGGAUCCCUGGCCUGGCCUGCUCCGUGGGCUGCUCAGUCGUUCUUCGCGGGAAAAGGAUCGGACAAGAAACAAGCAUGA